AUGGCGACUUUGAAGCACCUCACCGUGUCGUCUGAUACGGAUUUCACGAAGCACCUAGAUCCCGAUGAAAUCGGCUACGCGAGCUUGCCCGACUACCCACAUCUCGACGAUGAGGAUGAAGCAUCCCCACCUUACCUUCCAAGACAUGCUACCAUUGACUUCUUUGAGAUGGUUACCGGUCGCGUGGCAGACCACUUCUGUGUCCUCGAGGAAGUCACCUUACGUUACGGAACCAAUAUUUCGAGCACUAUGUGUCGCUGCAACGAAGUCACCCCAUGCGACAGGUGUGAGGCCUUUGAAAUUUUGAACCCCUACGUGGACGUGGACGAUUCAAAGUGUCGAAUGCAGGAGCUUUCCUCAGACCUUGAUGCCCACGGCAUUCGUUUCCAUGUGGUGGACCCAGAGGUUUAUGUCUAUGCAUUCGAUCCCCCGUUACAGUGA